CACGGCGCCUGCUCACUAGGUGCCAGUGAGCAUUGCCUGUCUUUCUUUCCUCGCCACGAUGCCGUCCAAUGACUACGGAGACUACGAUACAGAGCUAAUUGAAACUUAUGACUUCCUCAUGAAAUACAUCAUCAUUGGCGAGGCAGGCACUGGAAAGUCCUGCUUGCUACAUCAUUUUACCCACAAUUCAUUCAAAGACCAUUCACAACAUACUAUUGGUGUGGAGUUUUCGAGUCGAACAGUUAAACUAGGUGAAAAGCGGAUAAAGUUACAGUUGUGGGACACGGCAGGUCAAGAACGGUUUCGGUCAGUAACACGCAGUUACUACCGUGGUGCCGCAGGGGCAAUUUUGGUUUACGACAUCACGAACCGGGACUCGUUUACAAAUCUGUCGCGGUGGCUAGCUGAUGCGCGAGCCCUAGCCAGUCCACAUCUCGUAACGGUCCUUGUCGGAAACAAGUCUGAUUGCGAGGAGGACAGGGAGGUAGAGUGGGCCGAGGCAAGCCGCUGGGCUGCUGAGAAUGACAUUCAUUUUUUAGAGGCGUCUUCUCUCACCGGCGACAACGUCGAGGCACCGUUCCUCUUGGCAGCAAGAUCCAUAUUGCUCUCGAUAGAAUCUGGAGCUCUCGACCCCGAAAAGGCCGGCAGCGGCGUCAGCUACGGAGACCGAGCACUACGAAGAGUAAACAGUUCCAGCCGUUUGAGCUUCGGUAGUUUGAGUGGACGUCCGAGACGAGGAACCGUAAAACUCAAGAGCUGGAUUCCCGGCAAAUGUUGUUGAUCAUUUUGAUCAACAGGGUCCUUGACUACUUACGCCUCUCAUCGCAUGCGUCACUUUCCUUCUGGAUCUUAUCGUUCCGGAAUUUCAUGUGUCUUCUUUCCUUCGGACUCAUACCCAUUCUCAGCUAUACCAGCGCGUGCUCGCACUCCACAGCUCGUGGGUGUAACUAUAUUGUCAGGUGCAUCCUCAUCUUCAUUGUAUCUUCAAACAUGCAUUUAUUCUCUCAGCACCACUAUACUACAUCUACAUGUCCAUCUAGACUUGCGUUGUAACUAUUCGUAAUUGUCAUCCUUAUAAUAUGUAACUUGUUGUCUGGACUGAUUUCAGGCCUCUCCGAAGACACCCUAAAGACGCUUGACAAAUGGCAGCGGUCCGUCAAAGAUUCACGCACGGGCGCCUUUGGCCAAAGAUUUGAGAAUCUGCUGCAA